UUCACUUUGUUGCUCUUAUCGAUUCGAUAUGACGCCAAAGUACCUGAGCUGUUUGAGUUGUAAGAUGACUUUUAAAUCUCCGUCUUUGCUGGAAAAGCAUCGGGAGAAGUUUUGCAUCGGGACUGAGUUCGGAAGAGCGUUGAUAACCAAAACCCCUGAAGAUAUGCUUAACCAGCUGAAGGACUAUAAGCGACGCCGUGAAGAGCAGAGGAAGCAACAGGAAAUGGAGGAGCGAGAUAUCCUGGAGGAAAUGGAUGAGAACGAGAGGAGGUUAAUAUAUGAUCAUUUGACAUUUGAUGAACAGGAAGACUUUGCCCAGGAUGGCCCAAGCCCGAGACAGCAGUGGUUUCAGGAGUACAAAAAUCAGUUGCAAAACUUGGCCCAAGAUCAUAGAAACCAUGUCACUGCUCUAAUAUCUCAUAACAAGGAACUAGAGGAACAGCGAACAGAGAUUGUGAAAAAACUGAAAGACAUGUCUGAGAAAGGUAAAAUCUCUUCACAAGUGGAGAAUAUGUUGGCAGAGCUCAAAGCACAAGAAUACAAGAAUGAGCUACUUCUGGAAUCCAUGAAGCAACAACUGGAGAUCCUACAGCUAGAAACCGAGGAUGCCAGACCCCAAACUCCAACUCUUGCUAAACAUUUUCUAGAUUCCAAUGAGGGCUUGGGACCUGCACCAUAUGAUCCAGUAGCUGGUUUUGUGGUAUUCUAUGAUUUUCUCCUGGGAUUGGAUCCUACAUAUCGGGUUUGCCGUCUGGUGGUGGGCCUUUACCAUGGUGGACAGGAAAUGGGCGAUUCCUCUCCACUUCCAGCUGUCUACUGCGAUAUUGACAACUCAGCAGCCUAUUUUCCAGACGCUGGUGGAGGCAACAGAGCAAUUGUGGCAAUGAAGCAAGUUGUGCGGAGGGUCCGUCCAUCUCCUGGAAUUAGUCUUAUAAUGGAGCUACAGGCUUCUGGGGGCUGUGAUCCCUAUGGACAGGACAUCAACCGUCUCAUCUCACGAGGCUGGAUCAAGAUUGAUAUUUUUGACUCCCAGAAUCGUGUGAUCAGUGGCCGAUGGAAGGUUCCAGUUCGAGUUCUUCCAGUUAAACCAUCCAUGACCACCAGUGAAUUAAAUGGAGUGCCUCAGUUGGAAAAUGUGGAAUUAUACCUUCGUUUAGUCAAUGCAAGAGAUGCAAAUGUCCAGACAACUGCAGCCAUUGAUUCCAAUAAUGCUACACUGUAUAAAUAUCCACCACUGGCAUCAGCACGCACUACUAUUCCCAUUGAUGCUCCAUUCUCGUCUUAUAAUUCAUCUUAUCGUUACCCAACUAUGCAACUGGUCUAUCCCUCUUUUGGCGAGACUGUGGACCCUCCACCUCCUUCUGCUGAUAUGAUGGUACUUCAGUGUUCUCCCUCAGCCAGAACUCAAUAAUGCUGAUUCAAACCCACCAGUCCCAAGACAAAGCAAAAUUCAAAAUACGAAAAAGUAUUCCACUGUUGAAUGAUAUUAAACAGCAAAAAUUGUGAAAACUGAACAGAACUUCCAUUAGUGACACUUGUGAGAUCUCUUGGGGCAUUGCUCGUGACUAGUCAGAGAUUUUGCUGAAGUGUAAUGUCAUAAUGGAACAACAUGUGCAAGAUAUGUGCUAUGCACAGGGCUUUUAAGAUAAUUAAUAUACAUGAGCUCAAUAUAAGACCUUAUAGACCAAUUAGAGUUGGAUCUCCUAUCCCAAACCAAUAGAGUUCGGCAACUGGGCCAAAAUACUCAGAUUAAAAGAACAGUGAUGAACCUAUGUAGAAAAUCUUGCGACAGGUUCUUGUUCUAUGUGACUAAUCUGUUGGAACUGCAUAUAUAUGGAUUCUAAAUGACAAGACCUGGCUCAUUGCCUGCAAUCCAAACAGCUAACCAGGGCACAAGACUGGUAACCCAUGGCAACCCAAACUGUUGUGUAUUGAAUGGUCACUUGCAAUAGAUACCACAAAGGUGACCCCAUCGAAAAGAAAACUGUCACAUUCUGCAGGAAAGUCGUAGAGUCAUACAGCACCGAAAUAGACCCUUUGGUCCAACUCGGCCAUGCCAAUCAUCUAUCCUAAUCUGACC